CGGCGAUCACAAAACCUCAGUGUCUUGCCCCGUGCCGGCGACAUCCCUUCGCGCCCGUCCGCUGCACAAGUCGCAACGAACGGUCCUUCUCUCGCGUCUCCGCCGUACGAUUCUUGAAAAAAAUAAACCCCCCCCAAGAACAUAACAUUUUUUCUCGUUUUAUCGAACACGUUUUUAUCAGGAAAAAUAAUCAAAGAAAAGUCGUCGUUUAUUUUCCGCACUUUCGAAAAUUUCUCCGCUUUUUUCAACUUUUAUCCCGACUUAUCCGAUUUUUCGGCCACUCUCCCACGCAGUCGAUCGGAUGACUGUUGUACGCAGUCAUUAAUAAUUUCAUCGUAAUAUUCACGUCCCUUGUACGUUUCUUGAUUAUUUCGCCAUAUUCAUCCCCUCCCCUUACUCCGAAGAGUAGUGGCCGAGCACAGGACUGUCCGUCUCUACAAAUCAGCAGAGAUCGGAAGACCAUACAGUUCCUCUGUCCCACGUCGUGCACACGAGGUCUGAGUGAAGUCAAUGAAUGAUUAAGAAUUGCCUAGCCGACCGAAUCAAUCGCAUUUGAACGCGACCCGACGCUAACACGCCGGACGUCGGUUUUUCGACCACCCACACUCCUCGGAGAAGAUCGCGCAAAGUCGAACGCCGUCGUUGCUGCGGCUGACGCGCCAACACCACCGCCGCCGCGGGACUCGACACACCGUCGUUACCCUAACACUCGCCGCCAGCACCUCCUCGCGUCCGACGGUGUCUGGACACCACCACGAUUACCGAACUGCCGCGAUACAUACCACCGCGAUGACGAUGGCCGCCAACACCACAACCGUCACCGCAGCAGCAGCAGCAGCCGCCAACGUCCGGUCGUAGAGGAUCCUUUACGGUUAGUAUCGACGGCGGCGGCGGCGGCGGCGGCGGCGGAAGCGGAAGUGGUGCGGCAAACCGGAAGCGCCGGGAGAAAAGCGAGACGACGAAUCGUUAAGGACCGAUGGACGAGGAAAACUACACGGCCAUAGUGCCCACUUAUCUGUCCGGCCUGUUCGAUUUCAACGGCACGGCGGACGGUGGAAACGACACCGACAACGGAGGCUACCUGAAUGUGACCACAGAAAUGCCUGUCCGGUACGCGCGACCCAUGUACGGGUUCGUCAUGCCGUUCCUGUUGCUGGUAACCAUCGUGGCCAACACGCUGAUCGUAGUCGUGUUGUCCAAGCGGCACAUGCGCACGCCCACCAACGUGGUGCUCAUGUCCAUGGCCCUGUCCGACAUGUUCACGCUCCUGUUCCCGGCCCCGUGGCUGUUCUACAUGUACACGCUGGGAAAUCAUUACAAGCCGCUGUCGCCGGUCGAGUCGUGCUACGCGUGGUACGCCAUGAAUGAGGUCAUACCCACUCUGUUUCACACCGCGUCCAUCUGGCUCACCCUUGCUCUGGCCGUUCAGAGGUAUAUAUACGUGUGUCAUGCACCAGUGGCAAGGACAUGGUGUACAAUGCCGCGAGUUCUUAAGUGCGUUGCCUGGAUAUCAGUAAUGGCAUCAUUACAUCAAUCGACCAGAUUUGUUGACAGAACAUACGAACCAAUCAAAAUAUCAUGGAGAGGACAAGACUCGGUUGUCGUGUGUAGAAUGAAGCACGCAUAUUGGGUUGAACAUUGGGUCACACUAGACGUAUAUUUCACGCUGUACUAUGCGUUCCGUGUAAUCUUCGUACACACUGGCCCAUGCAUAUCUCUCGUCGUAUUAAAUCUUCUACUGUUCAGAGCUAUGAGAGAUGCGCAAUUAAAAAGAGACAAAUUAUUCAAAGAGAACAGAAAGAACGAAUGCAAACGUCUAAGAGAUUCUAAUUGCACAACAUUGAUGCUCAUUGUCGUUGUGACGGUUUUCUUAAUGACUGAAAUUCCAUUGGCUGUAGUGACGGUGCUUCACAUAAUAUCAAGCAGUAUCAAAGAAAUACUUGACUAUUCGGUAGCCAAUCUGUUGGUGUUGUUCACCAAUUUCUUCAUAAUCGUCAGCUAUCCGAUCAACUUCGCCAUUUAUUGCGGAAUGUCCAGGCAGUUCCGGGAAACGUUCAAAGAGCUAUUCAUCAGAGGCUCGGUGCAGAUAAACCGUAAACAUGGGGCCGGCGGCAGCUCCCGUUACUCAUUAGUCAACGGACCCAGGACAUGUACCAACGAAUCGCUUUUGUAAAUUCAUUACUAACGCUUAUAUAAUCUGUUAUCGUGCGCAUACGCAUAAUGAAAUUUCACAACCUCUCGUCGGACAAUUAAUAGGUACUUAUAACGAUAACCAGCCAAUAUACGUACGUAUCCAUAAAAAAAACCAAAAAGCCACCAAAUACCCACUUACAAUUGUACAUAUUACCUAUAUUAUACCAUUGAUGUAGAAGAAAAUGGGGAGAAGACAAAAGUAAUUUAUCCGCACAAUUCAUAAUAAUAAAAGUUUUCAAAAUCAAAUAGUUAAUACCUACUCACAAACCUUGUAACCAACCUUUUAGAACGUUCAAAAAACUUUCAUUCACAGCACUAUAGAUAGAAAUUAAAUGUUGAUAACGUUUAAACGACCAUUGCACUACAAGAUGCGUACAUUUUUUAUUCAGUCUUUUUAAUCAUGUGUUUUAUUUUGUAUUAAAGUUUUUCCUAAAUUAGGUUGAUCACUUCGAAAACUGCACCUAUAAAAAUACUUUUUAAUAUUUAAAUUAAUUUUAAAUUUGAUUUCAGUUCAUUAACUUUUUAAACGAGUACCUACUUAUGUAAUCAAUUUAAUUUUUAAGCUGAUAAUGCAAUGACUACGUUUAUUUUGUUUUAUUUGAAUAGCAAUGUGUUAAAUUAAAUUUUAUUAUAUCACAAAUUCACAAUAUUAAAUAAAUUAAAAAUAAUCAAACACCGUGAAAAAUCGUUGAUUAUUAUUUUUUUUUCUAGUAAGAUAAAUUGUUGUACAGACCCUUUUCAUAUAAAAUGUUUUUUUUUUUUAAUUAUCUUUAUGGGAUAUUAACAAUUGGCACAAUGUAAGUUAUUUGUCAUUCGAUUUUUUUAUUUUUGUUGUUGUUCGAAGCGAGAACAGAUGAAGGGAUUAUUACGUGCAAUUAAUUUUCCUUAAAGCAAUCAAUUUAUGUCAAACAGCAUUAUUUAUUUAUUAUUACUUCUUUUUUUUUUGUUUUUUUUUUUUUUUUUUGCUAGAACAUAAUAUAGAUUUCUAGGUAUACCUAUCUCAUAUUAAUAUGUUUACUGAAAAACAUUUUUAACCACUUUAAAUCAAAUACAAUUGUUUGAUAUUGUAAUAUUAAAGUUAAUUAAAUUUACAAAGUUUACUGUACACAUUCAAAUUUACUUUAAAUAAAUACUAUUUAUUUUAACAAAUGUUUAGCCAUCACAGGAUAAGGGUGAUUUUUAUCUAUCAAUAACACGAAUAACAAUAUAUUAUUAAUGAAAUACCUAGGAAAGCGUAAUAUUUGAUUAAACAAAAUCAAAGAUUUUUAUUCAUUCGGUAAAAAGGAUUGAUGUGAAAAAGAGAAUGGUAAAUAGUAAUGGCUUUAACCAUAUUAUAAUAAAAUAUUUAACUCAAUCUACACUUUACUAAACACAAAUGUACUAUCAUUUUAUCAUAGUUAUAAUUUCCACAUAUCUGUGGAUACAUUUUUAUGGAUUAUUAUUGAUUUAAAAAAAUUGUAUUACUUAUAAUAAUGGUGUUUAGGUUAAUAAUAUUAUGUUCAUCGUUUACUUGUUCUAUUAUUGUGCUGUUUUACAUUAUUUUAAAAACUAAUCAAUCCUGGUACAUAGAAUAUUUUGAUUGGGUUUCUAUAAUCUUUUUCAAUCACUUCUAAUUUAAUUAUUUGUGAUUUGUAUAUAUAAAUGCACCAUUUAACUAAAUUUAUUUACUGGUCAAGAAACACCAUAAAGUAUCUUGUAUGUAAUGUAAUUACUCAUUAUAUUUAAAGCAUCUAAAAUUCUAAAUCAUAACACACAUAUUAAGAAUAAAAUAAUAUAGCCGUAUACAAACUAAAUAACAAACAUUAUACUAAAUAUUUAAGUAUUUCUUCCUAAAUAUAGAAUUGCCUACUCAACUACUAGUAUUUUAUUCAGGUAGUGUACAUUGGUAAUUUUUUUAUUUUACAAACAAUAAUAUCAAUAUAAAAAUAGAAUAUUUUAGAUUACUUUUCAAUUAUAUAAAUCAAUUGUGUGGCCAAAAGGGUAUAAAUUACAAUAUAUUUGCAUACUCAAUCGCUGAAAUAUUUAAUUACACUAUAAUAAAAUACUCAUUUUAAAAAUACCUAAUAACGUUAAUUAAGUAUAGAAAUGUAAAGAAAUAUGUAUUUACAAUUAACAAUCUCACUUACAUAAAUUCCGAAAUUCAACUAACAAACAAUAAAUUUAUCGUUAUAUAUAUUAUAUAGAUUUGUUGUUUCAAAUUACAUCUAAUGAUUCGAUUAUUUAUUUUAAUUGCAAAAUAUAAUUUAAAUUAGAUUAAUUAAUAUUAAUUUGACAUAAAAAUCAAUUAUAGGCACGUUAAAUAAUUGU